UUAUCCCGUAAGACCAGUAAGUCUUCUCCAUCCCAGGUGCGGCUGCUGGCAUCCCAGGUAGAUGGGACACGUCUGUGGGAAACUCACCUUAGGCCCAUCCUCAGCCAGGCCGUACGCCAGGUGAGUGGAUUAGGUAGACUAGGUGACAAUAAUGAUGAUGCAUUUAAAUGGUGCCUUUCUCACACCACUUUCAGGUAGGAAAGAGUAUAUCAUUUCCUUUUAAAGAUCAAUCGAAAUACCUCUAGUUCACACCCUUCUCUCUCAUGUCUUUCUCUCAACACAUCUCCUCCACCUUAUCCUCCCUUUCCUCGGGGUCAGGCCACCUUCUCCAACAUCAUCGCGACCCUUGACCCCGGGACCCCUCGCAGGCUGCUGCUGACCUACCACUACGACUCCAAAGUCCUGCCCCUGGACACCCGCGUCCCAGAGAGGGUGUUCCUGGGGGCCAGCGACUCAGCAGUGCCAUGUGCCAUGAUCCUGGAGCUGGCUUCUGCUUUGGACACCCAGCUCAAAGCUCUCAAUCAGCGGGUACCGUGUCCUGUUUUGUCCGUCAAUUUAUUUCCAGGGACUGCAUUUUAUAUAUAUUUAUCAGUUUAGUCGGUAUAGGAGAUUUUGUUGAGAUAAACAGUCAAAUAUUCAAAGCAGACCCGUCCCAAGUUGGCAGCAAACAAAAUGCAGUAGCACAAUGAGCCUAACAUUGGGUUACCAGGCAUUGUGGUCAUAACCUUACAUCAGUGUCUGAUUUCCCUGGGGACAUUUACUUAGAAUAAACUGAUUUUGACAUGGGCAGGGUUAUUAUCAUGUUACACAGAAUAAAGACUGCAAGGGAAAGAACAAAGAGAGCUGCUGGGAUGCUGGGUUUCUCUCACUACUCUCUAUCCCCUCUCUCCUCUCUCUGCAGUGUAGAGUAUAAAGGGCUGACUGUAGCCUUGCAGAGAGAAGCGCUGUUUUUAGCAGCAGACUCCUCUGUUUAGCAGUGUCCCCCAGAGACUGAUCUUGGCAGUCAGAAAUACACUCACACAGCCAAACUGCGACAUCCCUGCAGCCUCACACGAAAAGGAAAAUCAACUGCAAGAGUGACGUUGUUGCUGGGAAAUGAGAAUUGAGAUGUGAUGAAAUGACAUUGCCUUGGCCUUUACUUGGCUACCAGUUGGCACAGAGCAGAACAUUCUCACCACUCUCUCUUUCUCCAUCUUCUGCUAUUGAACACUACCUCCUCCCCCCUCCCUCUCUCUGUAAGCAUCUACUGUAACCCUCCAGCGAGUGUUUUUUGAUGGAGAGGAGUCAUUUGAGGAGUGGACAGCCACAGACUCUCUGCGGAUCAAUGCACCUGGCAGAGCGCAUGACACACACACCAACCUGCUGCAGGCUGUGGUGAGACACCUUUGUGUGUGUGUUUAUUAAAAUAUGGCAUAUCCACUCACUCUCAGCUCUCCCUCCAUUUUAGGACCUAUUUGUUCUACUGGACCUGCUUGGUGGUCCAGACCCUUUGAUUGUAAAUCACUUUGACAACACUGCCCGCUGGUUUGACUGUCUGCAGGUAACACAGGGAGGGUCACUUCCCUUAUUGUCGUUGUCUUUCUACACUCUGCUUUAACUCUCCUCCAUCCAUCUCUCUCUCUCUCUCUGAGAAGAGGCUGCACAGGCAGGGUCUGUUGACCUCUCACCCCUCUGAGCAGACCUACUUCAGGAAGGACGUGUACCUGGGCCCUGUGCAGGAAGACCACAUCCCCUUCCUACGUAAAGGUGAGUGAGAGGGUGUGCUCAUAUACAAACUGACAUACUAUCACGACACUACUUCGCCUCGGCUGAUGGAAUGUUGUCUUAUGAAAUAAUUUCAAUCCUGCAUUUCUUCUGUUUCUUUCACACCAACUCAGGUGUUCCUGUGUUUCAUGACAUUGCCACCCCAUUCCCCCUGUUCUGGCACAUGCUGGAUGGCACUGAGGAGAACCUCACCAAGGUUCUGGCUGUGUUCCUGGCUGAGUACCUGGGCUUCUAA